AUGAGCCGAAUCUACCACGACUGCGCCCUCCAGAACAAGGCGGUGCGGAGCACGCAGCUGCCGGGGGUUUGGGACCCCACCGCCCAUCAGGGGGGAAACGGUGUUCUGCUGGAGGGAGAGCUGGUAGAUGUAUCUCGGCACAGCAUCUCCGAUGCCCAUGGCAGGAAGGAUCGUUACUACGUGUUGUAUGUCCAGCCCAGUCGUAUUCAUCGCCGCCAAUUCGACCCCAAAGGAAAUGAAAUUGAACCCAACUUCAGUGCUACUAGGAAGGUGAACACGGGCUUCCUCAUGUCUUCCUACAAGGUAGAAGCCAAGGGGAACACUGACAGGCUCACCCCUGAGGCGCUGAAGGAGCUGGUCAACAAACCAGAGCUGCUUGUGCUGACCGAAGGCCUCGCUCCAGACCGGACUGUGGCGUUCUGGAUGCCUGAGACAGAGAUGGAGGCACUGGAGCUGGAACUGGGGGCUGGGGUACGGCUGAAAACUCGGGGUGACGGCCCCUUCCUGGAUUCGUUAGCCAAACUUGAGGCUGGAACAGUGACCAAGUGUAAUUUCGCUGGUGAUGGAAAGACAGGCACAUCCUGGACAGACAACAUCAUGGCCCAAAAGUCUUCAGGAGGGGCUGUAGCAGAGACCCGAGAGCAGGGAGAUGGGGCAGAAGACGAGGAGUGGGAUGACUGA